AUGGAGUUCGACGCCGAACGUGCGGGACACGGUCAAAGCGGUGGACGGACCAGGUUACAAUCCUCCAUGAAACCCGGGGUCGAUAUCGACAUCACCAGCGCUCGUCAAGGGAUUUCCUCCACCGAGAGACCUCAUCCUCGUCGGAUCCCUUCAUCUCCAUCUACUCCAAACUUGCGUUCUCUGAGCUUGUCGUCAGCAUCUCCACAAGAGGAUGGUGAUCUGAAUCUGAAUAGUCCUUUGGAUACCCCGUUAGCUCGAUCGCCUGACGAAUCGUAUCACAACACGACAGCGACGAGGACACCGUUAGGCAAACCCAACGACGGAGCAAGGCCUGAUCUGGAAACCCCGCUGGCGGGCAAUGUCAAUAACAUCGGCCGGAGCCGGACGAUGAUCCGUGCGCGAGGAGCUGGCCUCGAAGACCGUUCGAGCAGGGAGACGGACGAGUUCGGGAUCCUCUCCCUUGGUCCUGGAGGAUCCCGUUACGAUGACGAACAGACCAUCCGACGAGGCACAUCCACUCUUCGUGAAUCCUCUCGCCGGACCUCUUCCCGAGGUGUCCCGCUCAACGUGGACACUCGAGGCUUGCCUGUCGCAUCCGUACCUACGGACAGGACGGGAGAUCCUAUCCCAUAUAGCGCUCCGGGGAAUAGCGCUUAUCCUUCUUCCCAUGUAUCGCCCUCCACGCCGACGGGCUCGCAGUUUCAGCCGCAACAAUACUCUUUCACCCCUUCACCGACCAAGACCAGGCACGACCAGGCUCCAGGCGGCAGUGAUCAUCCACACCAGCAUCAUCUUCAUCAUAGACAGACGACUCGGCAUCACUUACAGAAUCAUACCGCCGACUUUCUACCACAAGAUGUGGCCGGAAAGAUGCAGAGAUGGGUGCAAGAGGUGGUCGUCUGCAAUUUCGAUAUCGACAGGGGUCCGAUCGUGGAGAGACGGAUGAUCGGACGGCCCUGGGGAAAGGGAGAACGAGCGAACGUGGCAUUCUCGGCAUUUCCGGACACGAGCUUGUUCGCCGAAGGAUCCAUCUCGUAUUCCUUCAAGAUCCGUCAAUCGGUCGGAGAGACUUCAAACGGUCGAACUCCCGCCCCGCUCGCCCGUGAACCAUCGGAAUCUUAUUUCCAGUCUAGUAGUAACGGGGAAGCUUCCCGUUCAAGUACGCCCUCCGAACUUUCAAGCCCAACUGGCAACGGGGGCGAGCAGACUCCCUUAGCAUCAGGCUCACAGGUCGAUAUAACGGUCUCGGAGGAGCUCGAGGACCAGCUCGUCCCUCUACCUCGUACACCUCAACCACUGCAUAACAAGGAAGGCUUCUUCGGACCCAAGACCGAGUUGCCGGAGACUCCGCUGGCGAAAAAGGUUCUGCCUACCCAGGUUCAGACGGCAGAGGAUUAUCGAAAGUGGGAUGAACGGGGGAGAGAGUGGUUGUACGGGUUCGUGUGGUUCUGUCAGAAGAAGGAUCGGAGCCUGGCGAGGGGUUACAUGCAGCGCAGUAUCGUCAUCUUGACCCACUUGCCGUUUCCAUCGCUCUUCUUGGCGGUCUUGGACAAGGUCGCUCCGAUGCCUGAUCCCGUACCUGGAGCCGAGCUCCAAUUGCCCUUGUUGACGGAUCUUUUGUCGAUCCGAUUACCCGAUCUGACGGAAGAUCCUCAGUUGACCUUGCCUCCACGGAUAAGAGCCGAUGCAGAAGUCAAAUCGGUCGUUCUGGCAUCAUUGCCACCAAUACAACCUCUACGGGUCUUCGGCACGCUCCUUCCCGCUCUUUGGCAUGUGUGGGAAUGCAUGAUCCUAGGGGAACCGCUUCUCGUCAUCGCACCUGACCCCCAGACAUGUUCGACUAUCGUCUGGUGGUUGGGAGACCUCAUGAAACCGAUCCCGACCGAGAGCGCCGAUCUGCGGCCUUACCUGCAUAUCCAUGAUUUGGAUUUCAGGUUGCUCGUAAAUUCGAACAAGCCGCAACCGGGUGUAGUCGUCGGGGUGACGAAUCCAUUCUUCCGGAACGCUGCUGGCCACUGGCCGAAUGUUAUUAGCGUGGGCGGGAGCUCGUCUAAGCCACGACCGUCAACAGGCCCGAAUAGUUCCGUAGAGCAUCCACAGGGCUUUUUGAGUGCCCGAAAACGCCACGUCUCGAAGGAUCGGAUACUGUUAAAGAAGCUCGAGGAUCUAGUAGCUGCCGGUAAACUUGAUGGUGAGCAAUCCAGGAGUGAGAAAGGUUCUCGAUACUACGUGCUGAACUCCCUUGGACCCUCAGACGCUGCGGGGAACGAGACGCUCCGGACAUUCUUCAUCCAGCUGACCGAAAAGAUGCUCGCUCCGCUGAACCGAUACGUGUCAUCGCUUAUCCCACCCGUCGGUCCUGAUGUGGAUAGUUCGCCGGAAGGCAUCAAGCCGUUUGCCCUUACAGCAUUCCUGCAUCAUCUCAAGGCCAUGGCACCGAAUCCAUUACAAUUCCGAUCAAAAGGUCUUACCACGAAAGGCAAAGUAGAAACCGAAUUCUACACGGCCUUUUGCAAGAGCCCAGGCUUUGCUGGUUGGCUCAGAAAUCGCUUGGUCUCGCUCACCGAAGCGAAAUGGGGUUUUGGACAGGCCUCACGAAUACCCCUACCUGUAAUCAACCAAUCUGGUGGCCACGGCGCGCCAAGCCCCACCGCAUCCCCGUUGAGGCGAGAAGACCUCAUGCACAAUCGCGUGUCUAACGACUCGUCACAUAGAAGCAGCAUUAGCAGCGUCGGAUGGAGUGAAAUCGCAUCGGGCAGACGAGGAAGCGAUGGCGGGGUAUUAUCAAUGACGGCGCAUAGAAGGCCAUUAUAG